UCUUUUUUUAAGGCUUGAGUCCUCACAAGCGCAUGCGCAAGUCUUUUUUUUUCCUGAAGGAGCGUGGUGAAGAUGGCGGCGCAGGGCUCAGUGCCCAGCGAUCUUUAUAAAUGCGUUUAUUCCUUUCUUUUGGAGAAUAAGUUCACCAAAGCGGCGCAACAGUUCCUGAAACAGACUAAAGUCAACCCUCAAGACAAAAAUGAAGAGAGUCUUUUGAAUAUUUACAACUUCUGGGUCAAGUCACCUGAGGCCAAAAAACGGAAACUGCCUCCGACUGAGCCAAAAGCUCCAAACGGUCCGGCUGCUAAGAAAGUAAAAAGCGCCGCAGAAAGCUCCAGCAGUGAAGAGUCGAGCAGCGACGAGGAAGCUGAAGCAAAACCCAGCAAAGCAGCCGCAGCUGUCAAAGCUGUACCAGUCAAAUCUGUGCCGGGCAAGGCUGUGGCCGCCAAAACUAUCAAAGCUGCAUCAAGCAGCAGUGAAGACUCCAGCGACUCUGAGGAGGAAAAGGCUCCUGCGAAAGCGCCUGUUAAAGCAGCACCUGGCCCUGCAGCAUCAGCAGCAGCAGGACGGAAGAAGGACAGCAGCUCCAGCAGCGAAGAAUCUGACUCUGAAGACGAAGAGCCGGCCAAAGCUCAAGCGCCAAAAACCGGUCCGGGGGCUGUGACCAAACCCAAAGCUGCUGCUCAGAAGCAGCCUGAGAGCAGCAGCAGUGAAGACAGCUCCUCUGACUCUGAAGAGGAGCCAUCAUCAAAGGCUCCAGCAAAACCCGCCGCUGCCAAACCCACCCCUCCAAAGACGACUGCAGCAGCGGCUGAAUCCAGUAGUGAUGACUCUUCCUCAGACGAUGAAGCUCCUCCCACUAAGAAGCCUAAAGCAGGAGCGUACAGUGCCGUUCCGCCUCCAGCUUCAGUCCAGAAACCGGCAGUGAAGUCCAGCAAAACCGAGAACAGUGACUCAAAAGUUGCAGGAAAACCUCCUCAAGCAAAGGCCGCAGAUGCAAAACCUGCGACCAAACCUGCAGCAAAGCCGCAGGAGUCCAGCUCGGAGAGCUCCGAUUCCAGCUCAGAUGAAGAGGAGACACCCAAAGUCCCUCCGGCUAAGAAAAACACCCCUGUCAAACCAACCCCGGGUAAUGCAGCUGAUGACGACAAUAAAGUGAAGAAAGCUGCAGCGAAAACUGCUGUCAAUGCUGCUAAAGCGCAGAAGGACGAGUCCUCCAGUUCAGAGAGCAGCUCAGAAGAUGAAGCUCCAGCUAAACCUGCAACUAAACCUGCUGCCACAAAGACACCUGCAGCUCCUGCUAAAGCUCUGUCCAAGGAAAAACCUGCUCCAGCAGAGGACAGCAGCUCUGAUUCUUCCUCUGAGGAAGAGGAGCAGCCUGUUAAAUCUAAAGCCAAACCCGCUGCAAAGCCUGCUGCAACUCUUGCAACAAAGCCUGCAGCAGGAAAGGAGAGCAGCUCAGACUCCGACUCGUCCUCCGAGGAAGAGGAGCAGCCUGCAAAAUCCAAGGCUAAAAAUGCUACACCUGCAGCUACACCUGCAGCUAAACCUGCUGUAAAGCCUGCUGCAGCAGAGGAGAGCAGCUCAGAGUCUUCAUCUGAAGAAGAGGAGCAGCCUGUUCAAACUAAGGCAGCAGCUAAAAAGGCUACUCCUUCUAAACCUUCAACUCCUGCAGCUAAAUCUACCGCAAAGAUAGCAACCAAGAAAGACAGCUCCUCCGACUCAGACUCUUCUUCUGAGGAAGAGGAGAAGCAGCCUGCAAAAUCCGGGGCUAAAAAUGCUACACCUGCUGCAAAACCUGCCACUUCUGCAGCAAAGAAUGCAACUCCUGCAGCUAAACCUGCAACCAAGGCUAAAGCGAAGGAAGAAAGCAGCUCAGAUUCUGACUCUUCUUCUUCAGAAGACGAGCAGCCUGCUAAAUCCAAGUCUAAAAAUGUCACACCUGCUUCAAAGCCUGCAACUCCUGCAGCUAAAAAUGCUACACCUGCUUCAAAGCCUGCAACUCCUGCAGCUAAGCCUGCUGCAGCAGAGAGCAGCUCAGACUCUGACUCUUCCUCUGAGGAAGAGGAGCAGCCUGUUAAAACUAAGGCAGCAACUAAGAAUGGUACUCCUGCUUCAAAGCCUACAACUCCUGCAGCUAAAACUUCUUCAAAGCCUGUGACUCCUACAGCUAAGCCUGGUGCAGCAGCAGAAAGCAGCUCAGACUCUGACUCUUCCUCAGAGGAAGAGGAGCAGCCUGUUAAAACUAAGGCAGGAACUAAGAAUGGUACUCCUGCUUCAAAGCCUGUGACUCCUGCAGCUAAACCUGCAGCCAAGACAAAAGCGAAGGAAGAAAGCAGCUCAGAUUCUGACUCCUCUUCUUCAGAAGAUGAGCAGCCUGCUAAAUCCAAGUCUAAAAAUGUCACACCUGCUUCAAAGCCUGCAACUCCUGCCGCUAAAACUGCUUCAAAGCCUGCAACUCCAGCAGCCAAGCCUGCUGCAGCAGAGAGCAGCUCGGAUUCUGACUCUUCCUCCGAGGAAGAGGAGAAGCCAGCUAAAACUAAGGCAGCAGCUAAAAAUGCUACUCCUGCUUCUAAGCCUGUGACUCCUACAGCCAAGAAGGCAGCAGCAGAGAGCAGCUCAGAUUCUGACUCUUCCUCCGAUGAAGAGGAGCAGCCUGUUAAAACUAAGGCAGCAGCUAAAAACGAUACUCCUGCUUCAAAGCCUGCGACCCCUGCAGCUAAACCUGCGGCUAAAGAGAGCAGCUCAGAUUCUGAUUCGUCUUCUGAAGAAGAGGAUGUUAAAUCAAAGCCAGUUGCUAAAACACCUACAUCAAAACCUGCAACUCCUGCAGCUAAACCUGCACCAGAGAGCAGCUCAGAUUCUAGCUCAGAGUCUGAGGACAAUGCAGCCAAGCCAGCCGUCCAAAAAGCUCCAGCAGCAAAGAAAUCCGGUCCUGCAGCUGUUGCGGCUAAGGUCCCUGCAGCUCCUGCUAAACGAGGAGGAGAAAGCAGCUCCUCGGACAGCUCUGACUCUGAGGAAGAAACUCCCAAACCUUCAGUUACAAACGGCAAGGCGGCGACUCCCAAGCCGGGCCCAGUGGCCGCAAAAGCUGCAGAGUCAUCAUCCAGUGACAGCAGCUCUGAGGAGGAAGAGGUCAAAGCUCCAGCUGUAACCCCUAAAACAACACCCACCGUAAAACCCACGGAGAACAGCAGUUCCUCAGAGAGUUCCUCAGACGAAGAAGCACCAGCUCCUAAAGCUGCCACUGCCCCCAACACCCCCACUGCAAACGCUGCAAGCAGAAAAAGAAAAAAGGAUGAGGAGUCAUCAUCAGAAGAGGAAGAAGAAACCAAAUUAAAAACUCCCCAAAACAAAAAGGCAGUAACCACACCACAGACUUUCCCAAAGGCAAAUAAGAAGUCUUCAAACGUUCCCUUCCGUAGAAUUGUGGAGGAGCACGUGGAAGUGGAUCCCCGGCUGGCAGAUAACUCUUUCGAAGCAAAGCACGGUGCUAACGGGGACUGGGGCCAUAAAGCUAACGAGGUGCUUAAGUUCACCAAAGGCAAAUCGUUCCGCCACGAAAAGACGAAAAAGAAGAGGGGGAGCUACCGCGGCGGGGCCAUCUCCACCUCAGUUAACUCCAUCAAGUUUGAAAGUGACUGAGCGCCUUCCCACCUGGGAACAGCAUUUUCCGCUCUGAUCAGGAUCUUCUUCUGCCGGUUUGAUCUCUGAAACGUGAAACCAGACUUGGAACAGUCAACGUUCAUGUGAUGUUCAAUAUUAUGGCCACUAGGUGGCUUCAGGCCACCAGGUCGCUGUUCAAAGCUUUUCCUGUGAUAGAAUAAAUUCUUUUUUUUUCUAACGUUUGAACCACCUUAACAUGUUUUGUCUUGUACUUUGAGAAAAUGCUUGAUUUUAUCCUCUAAUCUAAUUUUUCAUUUGAAACUACAGUAACUGUAUUGUAUUAUGGGAUGUCUGGGCUUUUUUCCUCUUAAAAUAUUUGUUAUAAAUCUGUCAGAAUGGUCUAUUUCACUGUGCUUGUCAAGUAUAAUUCCAUUUCUAGCAUUAGGACCUCAGACCUAGACUUGUUUUGACAGUUCUGCUAGAGCGCCCUCUUUUGUUCAGUAGUGGAACUGCUAAAAGCCAUCUUUGAUACACAAUGGCUCAGAACUGUACUUUUUUUGGAUUUUAUGAAAUGUAAAUAAAAUUGAAUUCUGUUGUCCAGAAUUGA